AUGCCUCGCCUGGGUCCAGCGCUGCGAAGGUCCGGCGGGAAAAUCGUUCCCGCCAUUCUCCCAACGCUGGACUUGACGAAUCCGAAUGACAGGGAGAUCGCCAAAAAGUGGCACGUCAUUGCGUUUGAUAUGCGUAAAACGGCGAAGAGGUACCUGCACCCAGGGAAGAAGCUGGCAAGUCAAGAUCCGGAUGCCGUCGAUAGGUACAUAGCCAAACUGUGCGAGCAGUACCCUUUCUUCCGUCGGUACGACGACGCAUGGCCCAUUCGCAACUAUAUCGGGCAGCAUCUCGAGAACCUUGUCCACGAGAACAGACAUAGACAAUCGGCGCGCUGGAGAAAGACUCUUCUCAUGCGCCAUGUCGGGUACAAACAAUUUGAUCUAGGAACUCCGGGGCCCGGUCCCUCUAAAGCGCGUCGACGUAAGAAACGACCUGCUCAAGAUUUCAUUGAUCUCAGCAUGGAUACCGACGACGACGACGACGACCCGGUCUUCGCGCGGCUGCAAGCCCAGAACGCUACCUCGAGCAUUAGUGCGCCUCCUGCGACGAGUCAUGAACGUUCGGCGGGCCCGUCAUCCGUGGGCGACACGCGGGAGUCUCUCUUCGACACACAUUUGGACCGGGAUCCCCAUUUGCUGUCAACUGCACGCGAAUCGGACCCCAUCGCAGCGUUUUUGACCAACCUAGAGGUCUCGCUCCUCCAUCUGCGAGUCGUCCUGGGGAAGCUCGGUAUCGAGGGGAGGACCCAGCUCGACGAUCUCUGCGGUUGGGAAGUGGACGAGCGGAACGCCUGGCUGGACAAGCAACUCCGUCCGCAGACGCUCGGCGUGAUCACGCCGUACGAGCUGCGGGUGAUCAAGACGGCGAUGACGAGACGAGGGCGCUAUCUGAAAGAUGCAAACAAGGAGAACGAAAUGUAAUUUUUUUCCCCGCUUAUGACUCCGUUCCC